AUGUUGUAUCGACGUGGUAUUGACGGUUUAGACUUCGACCGUACCACUCAUCAUCUGAGUAUCUACCCACCCGCUCAACUACUCGUCGCCGAGCUCAACACCUCAGCCCCAGCCUCAGAAUCGGUCGACUUCCAACGGUUCUACCGGAUUUUAGAAGAAGCUACUGGGAUACCGUGCCAACUGGUAGACAAGUCACAUUGGAAUGACAACGCUGGGCUUGUGUUCCUUCAGAGUCUGAGUAUUCCUGGUGAAAUCAGAGCUUCUGUGCUCAUGUCGACUGCCGAAAAGUGGGUUUGGCGUGUUCUUCAGCAAGGCAGCGCUCAUUGGCGCAGAGGACAUGUCUUGGCAGCUGUGUCUGCUCUGUUCAAGUGGAUAAGCGUAAACCGCGAUAUCACUUUUCCAAAAGCAAGCCUUCGAAUCCGCUAUAAGGCGCUCAAGGGUACCAUCUACGUUGAUACAGAAACCGUACGUAACCUCGAGCUCGUCAGCAACGCCAUCACUGGCCAGAGCUCUGGUACCCUCUAUGGUAAUUUUACGAUCGUCGUUGGGUGCGGUCUCACACUCCGUAGGACUCCUCAAUCAUUGUCAUACUCCUAUGGGGUCCCGUCUUUUGAGGAAGAUGAUCCUUCAGCCGAGCAGCACUUACGAUCUUUAGCUAGACAUCGAAAGCUUGAUCGCACACGUGAUUUCUUUCCUGGCCUUUCACUCCAACCGAUGACACUAAUAGCUAUCGAGCCAGGAGCGACUCAGGGGCAACCCUCAGGUGACCGAAAGGCGCAUCGGCAAAUUACUCCAAUUGCGAUCAUACCUGUCUGGUAUCCCACGACUUUCACAGGCGCUCUACGGCUGCAUGUCGCCUUUCCUGUCGGUUGCGUCUCAGACUCUUCACAACCCAGUUAUAGGCACAUUAGUGACGGCCAUCGAAGGUUUGUCAGGUCACCCGAGGUCAUGCUCACUUUUGAAGCUUCCUUUGACGAGAGCACGAAUGAUAAAUCCAAGAAAGGCGAGUUUACAAAACGGACCAGACUCUACGCUGUGAAGCGCGGACAAAAUGCGGUGCUCGACAUCGCCCGCAAUGCAUAUGAGGAGAAUGAAGCCGACAUUUGGGGAGGUACCUACAACUACGCCUGCAGGCUACACUGGACUGAUGCCGGGUAUCUGUACAGCGUCGCUACUGAACAACUGAAGAAUCGACGGCCGCCCAAAGAAUGGAUUGACAUCCACUCUUCUCAUUCCAAGAUCCUUUUUUCCACCGCAGACUUGACAAGCCGAAAUUAUCGUCUCAAGCAAUCUGCCGAGGAGGUUUUCCUGCUUAGCGAACAAUACGUUGCGAGGAUGGUGGGUGAGGUGAAUGAAGUGGUUGAGGGUUUAUACACCUGCAUUGAGACUGUGGGGACAUUCAUUCCGUCCAGAGUUUACUGGAAAUCUGGCAGUACGUCUGUUGCGAUCUGGAUCAGAAAUGGCAGGCAUCCUGUUCUCGAGAAAAUGUUGGGAGACACACGAUGUGUACCAAAUGACAUUGCCGCUUCCGACAACGCAUCUUUUCGUCUCGUGCAAGGUCCGAACAUGUCGGGAAAGACAACAUACCUUCGUCAGAUCGGGCUUUUGGUCGUACAAGCUAUGAUAGGGUGCUUUGUCCCAGCCGAGUAUGCAUCGUUCAAAGUACACGACGCCCUCCUAUCGCGAUUAUCGAACGAUGGCACUGCAACAUCUACCUCACUUGUGCUCAUCGAUGAACCUUCAUCUCAACAGCCAGGUCGCCUUUUUAGACUUCCGACUGAACCUUUAUUGACACCACACAGGCUACAAGAGUUGGCGGCACAACGGUUUCUUCUCCGGCCGCACUGCAUACAUACAAGAUUAUCGAAGGUCCCGGGCAAUGGCAACAUUAUGCUUAUUGCUAGGGUUGGAGCUGGCAAAAGCGACAUGCCUCCCCGAGUCGGUGAUGGUGUACGCGCAAGAAAUGGCGGAGAAAUUGGCGCAACUGGAGUCAAACUGUACGUCUUGAUGCGUGAGAGGGUCGACUUGCUGAGGAGAGUAGCUAGAGAAAAGAGUGCAACCAACGCCGUUGCUCGCCGACGCAAGACUAUGCUUGACCUGAGAGGACAUUUGACGCAGAUCGUCGCCGUUUCCCGACUCAACGAUUCAGAUCUGGCCGAGCUUCUGCGCGCCCUACAGCAGCGAUGCUUACGAAUCAUUCAUAAGACCUUCCUGAUCGAAGAUGCGGCGGGAAGACUGAACAACGGCGAUGAGGAUUGA